UCGACAGGCUCACUUAUUGUUCUCUUGCUUCUCCGGUCGAAUGAUGUCACUAUUUCGUAGUCUUUGUCGUGGAGUCUGGCCGAAAAUGCUGAGGAUAGCCUUGGGAGCACUCUUUGUUUUAUAUUCAACUCCAUUUGCCAUGUCCACCGAGUGCUAUGAAUGUACUUCUCUUGUAUCCAUGGAGGAUUGUGUUCAAUUCAUGAAGAAGACCGAAUGUCCAAAGCCAACAGAUCGCUGCCGUAACAUGACUGUUCAAGUUUUCGUCACAAUGCUCGGAGAAAAUCAGACAGGUUUUCAGAGGGGCUGCGCAUCUCAAGAUGAGUGUGUGUUCGAGCUAUGUUCGGGCCAUUUUGCGGAACACUACGGCGAGAAAUCACUCGCUUACAACGUUUGUCAGAUGAGUUGUUGUGAGGGGGAUUUCUGCCCCGAGGGAAACAUUACCAUCACUGAGGGAAAUGAAGGUCCUGUGAAAGGAGCGCGCGGCGGGAAAGGUUUUGAAAUUCUUGCGAGUGUUCCUGUCACGGUAACAAGUACUCUACUGAGCCUUGUCAGGGCCCGUUUGUUGUAAAGAUUAAGUUUUCAGCGUAAAGUAGAUGAUAAGGCAAAGUUUUACCUCUGAAUCAGCGCCACAUCAUGCAUUGAAAAAUCUGCUUUGAUGUAAUUAACGGGGCAACAUUUUCAGUUUUUAAAUUUAUGUUCGAUUACUUUUUCAAUAAAUCGACUAGUAAUUAAGAAAGAAAAAGGUUUCUACUGCUGGAAAAUUACAAACCUAUUAAAAGUUUCUUAGAAUUGAAAAAGACUUAGCAAGUUCCCUUUACUUUUUAUCUGCAUGGGUAGAAUUUGAUAUAAGAAUUGGAGUUAGUAAAUACUUCAUGUUAUCAGUUAAAUGUUUGUGUCUCACUAAGACUAUUUUGUCAAGCAUUUUUAAAGAUGGGAUCUAUUUUUCCAUUCGUUAACCUGAGUUCAGCGGCCGUUAAUCAUAGUUAAUUAACACGACGAACAAAACUACGCCUCUUAACGAAUUUUUCCACACCACACCCUUUCUAAGGAACGUGGCGAAAGCGCAGGAAUUUUUUAACCUGGCGAAUUUUUCUGCGCGAAAAAGGAAAAUAAAUUUUCUGAUUGCAUUCGAAAAAGAGGCGGUUUUUUUCCACAGUGGUAAAAUGAAAUAGAGAAAAAUGCAGAAACGUCUCAUCCUCAGUUAAAGUAAUUGUGGUUUUGCUCUCCAAAGCAGCCGGUAAUCUUUGACGUGAUAUUAAUUUUUUCGUUAGCUACUUCUCCCAUCAGCCAGUGCUUUGGUUUUGAGACCAUUGGGGACUACUUAUAUACUAGCAUUUGAACAUUUUGAUAAAUAUAAGAUGUUUGUACUUUUUCACUUAAACUGCGAUGAUAAACUUACCAUAUAGCUGACCCAAUAGUU